UUUUCCAUUUUCCAUUACCCCUUUACCCUUCCACUUCCCCGAUCCCCUUUUAGUAAAAGAAAAGUGUAAUAUUGAGGAGUGAAAUUACAACAGAGUAACUGAGGAGUGUAAACAGCCGCCGAUACAAAGCUACCGACGUGAUGAAACCUCCUCUCCACAUGGCCCUUCCUUUGCUUUAUUUUUCUUCUUCUUAAAACUAUAUUCUGCCACCCAAUGACAGUGCAGAGGUGACCAAAUUCCCUAUUCAUUCUUCUUCCUCUCACAAAUCACCAUUAUAAAAAUUGGACUUUGGAAUCUCUUCCCCAGUCUCAUUCUUUUCACAAACCAUAACAUCGUAUUCUCUUCUCCAAACCCAAAUCGAAACCAUAAAUUUGGAUCAAUGUCGAAGAAUAUAUUAGUGACAGGUGGAGCUGGGUACAUUGGGAGUCACACGGUGUUACAAUUACUGCUUGGUGGUUACAAGACAGUGGUGGUUGAUAAUUUGGAUAAUUCUUCUGCUAUUGCUAUCAAAAGGGUUCAGGAACUUGCGGGUCAAUUAGGCCCUAACCUCUCCUUUUACAAUAUAGAUCUGCGCGACAAGCCUGCAGUUGAAAAGCUUUUCGAGUCUAACAAGUUCGAUGCUGUUAUCCAUUUUGCUGGACUAAAAGCAGUGGGUGAAAGUUGCCAGAAACCUUUGAUGUACUACAACAACAAUAUUACAGGUACAAUUACCCUGCUGGAAGUCAUGGCAACGCGUGGAUGCAAAAAUCUAGUGUUCUCAUCAUCAUCUACUGUCUAUGGCUGGCCAAAAGAGGUUCCUUGUACUGAGGAAUCUCCCAUAAGUGCUGCAAAUCCUUAUGGAAGGACAAAGCUCUUCACUGAAGAAAUUUGCCGUGAUGUCUACCAUUCUGACCAUGAAUGGAAAGUCAUAUUGUUGCGGUACUUCAAUCCCAUUGGUGCACAUCCAAGUGGUUAUAUUGGUGAUGAUCCACGUGGAAUUCCAAACAACCUUAUGCCCUUUGUUCAACAAGUUGCUGUUGGCAGGAGACCAGCACUGACAGUUUAUGGAACUGAUUAUCCAACAAAGGAUGGUACAGCGGUGCGUGAUUACAUUCAUGUUGUUGAUUUAGCAGAUGGCCAUAUUGCUGCCUUGCAGAAGCUGUUUGAUCCUUCGACAGUUUCAGGCUGUGAAGUUUACAACCUGGGAACUGGGAAAGGAUCAUCAGUCUUGGAAGUGGUGUCAGCAUUUGAGAAGGCAUCAGGAAAGAAAAUUCCACUGGUGAUGUCUGGUCGACGGCCUGGGGAUGCUGAAAUAGUAUAUGCAGCAACAGAGAAAGCAGAACGAGAGUUGAAUUGGAGGGCAAAGUAUGGCAUUGAUGAGAUGUGCCGCGAUCAGUGGAACUGGGCCAGUAAAAACCCCUAUGGCUAUGAAGGAUCUGAAGAGUCAAACUAACAGUGCAGUAUACUCCUUUAACUGCAAUUCUUUUUCAUGGUCGCACACCUGUUCGUUUGUUUAUCCAUACUGCUAAUCACCGACGUGUAGACCAUCAAUCCUUUUAUUUCGGGCAAGGAUUCCACGUAUAUUACUAGGAUUACAGAAUGGUCGGAAUUUUUUCUAACUGGAGUACCGAAGCGAGUAGUGGAACUUUUUCCGCCGUGAAGAAACAGGGAUAGUUGAAUAAUAGCUCGUUUAGCUGAAACCUAUAGUGGUAUUUUAUUCGUUCUUUUAUUCUUUUGUAACUAGCAGCAUUACAAUCAUAUUGUUUAAAGAAACUAUUUAUUUUUCUUGCUUCAAUUAUUAUGCUGGUCCACUGUGUAAGCCUGUUAAGUUAAGCAAUUUGCUGGCGGUAUGUCUUUUAUUUAGUAGUUGGAAAGUGUAUUAUGCUCAAGGCUGAACAUGCCUACAACUCACAGUUGAUUGUCAGCUGACUGGUUUAGAGUAUCCAUUAUAAUAUCUUGUAA